AUGAACGACGAUAACGAUAUACCUUCGAUCUUCAAUAAUAAUCGAACAACAACAACAACAGGCAAUCCACCAUUAUUUACUUGUUCAAUCAAAUUAGACAAACAGGAUUAUGAGAAAAAGAUACAAAUAGAACGAACAUUUCGUCAAUUCAUCGAUGAAAUACGUGUUCAACGAUCGAAUCUUCCACCUGAAGCACAAACAGAAUUAACAUCAAAACAAGCUCCAUUAGAAUACUAUGAUGGUUAUUUUAUCGAUAGGAAUGGUGACGAAUUAUGUUCGCUCAAUGUUGGUGCGCUGCAACAAGGCUGGCUCAUACCAGACUACGAACAAGUGUAUCGAAUCGCUUUGCCCGAUAGUGAACAGCAUGCUUCGUUACAGCGAGCACGUCGUCCGAAACCAACAUGUUUCAAUUGUGGAGCACUAGAUCACGGCGUCAACGGAUGUCCAAUGAAAUUAGACAGUGAACGUAUACGUCGAAGUCGAGAACAAUAUCAAGAACAAAUGGCUGAAGCAUGUGGUUACAAUGAUUUAUCGCACAUGAAUAGCGGUUAUGGAAAUAGUGGUGAAGCAGCGAGUCGCUAUCAUGAAGAUUCGUAUCAAUCGAGUUUAAAUGAUCAAGUUAUUAUUGAAGAACGCUUUCGACGUUUUCAGCCUGGUGUUAUCAGUUAUGAGUUACGGCAAGCAUUAGGAUUGCGUGAUAAUCAAGUUCCGCUGUAUGUGUAUAAUAUGCGUCGGUGUGGAUACCCACCUGGAUGGCUACGUGAGGCACGCGUCAAAAAAUCUGGUUUACAAGUCUUUCAUGACAAUGAAGAAGGCGAAAUUAUUGAAGCGAAAAAAGCUGAGCCAAUCGAUCCAACAGGACAGGACAAUGUGUUUCCAGGCGCAUUACUGGAUGAUAAUAUGCAAACUCAAGCUGAUUUAAACAACGAGGAUAGUUAUGAAUAUGAUUUCGACAAAGUUGUUUCUUAUCCUGGUUUUAAUAUUCCACUAUCAGAUGGUAUUAUCGACGAAGCAUAUACAUGUCCGAAUCUACCAGCAUUUGACAAACAACAAAGUAAGGAGAAUCUUAUCGAAGAGAUGUACUUGUUGAAGAAGCCUUCGCUCAAACGCAAAUCAACUUUGGAAACAUACAAACCAACACCAAUCGAAGAAUUGAAUACACCGAAACAAGUCAAAGCAUCGUCAACCGUUGAAUCAAAUUCACCAUCGGUAUUGAUUGAUCAAGAACAAUCAUCCUCGUCAGCCACAACAACGACAAUGACAAACUAUGAACAAAAAAGUCUUAGUCAAGUUUCCGGUACACCAUUAUGGAUGUUUAGUAACGCUCCAAAGUCGCACGUGCCGCAGCAAUUACCAAGUCGAGAUCAAUUUCAACAAGGUAUUUGUGAUCAUUUACCUUUUGAAAAUUUACCGUCAUACCAAACAGAAAAAGUCGGACGUAUUUUCGAGUUGCUCAAAGAUGUACAAAAACGACUGGAAAGUCUGAAUAAUGAUGGAUCGUCUGCAGCCAAAAAUGAGGAUAAUAAUAUGCAAAUGUCUCCAGAGCACACGUCUCAAUCUUAG